ACUUUUAGAAGGUUGGAGAAUGAAUUCUUCCAUUCUUCUCCACAAAAACCGAAUCAACAUCUCAAAACAUGCAUUUCAUGAAUCAUGUUUUCAAACAUCUCAACCAGACUCACCACCACACUCAAAUCCCUAAUUCCAUUACACAACCACCAUCAUCACAACCACAAUCACAAUCAAAUCCCCCAAUUUUCACACUCUCUCCUCAUACCCACAAACCUUCACCCUCCCCCACUCCGAUCUCGUCCCUUCAACAUGUCUUCUCAAUCCUCCCCUCUUCCUCCACCCGAUUCAUCACCACCCAUCAAAACGGUGAAGGUCGAGAUUAAGGGGAGAGUGCAGGGGGUGUUUUACCGGGACUGGACUGUGCAGAACGCUACUGAAUUGGGUUUGAAAGGCUGGGUUAGGAACCGAAGAGAUGGAUCCGUUGAAGUCUUGUUUUCUGGGAGUGUUGAUAAGGUUGGGGAGAUGCAGGAGCGGUGUCGUAGAGGGCCCCCGUCUGCGGUUGUUACUGGGGUUAAUGUUAGUCCUUGUGACGAGGAUCCGGGGCCAGGGUUUCAACGCAGACCAACUGUUUGAUGAAAUGUCUCAAUGAGUAGAGGUAAGAAAUUGUUAUAAUAAUCUUGUUUAAGCAGUGUAUGCUCUUGACUUAUAUAUGUAAAUGGGUAUUGUGGAGAGCGAGAAACGAUGUCGUAUUCAACAAGAGGACACCGGUCUAUAAGUUGGUGGGAGACAUCAAAUUACUCAGUUUCUUAUGGGUGAAAAAUAUAUCGUAUUGUCCGAACAAUGUAUGAUGUUGUUAUUGCGUAUCUAGCAACUUGUUAGCAUGGUUAUAAGGCAAUUA